UCCCCUCUGAGGUUUCUCCUUUCCCUUUCUUACCCCCCUUGUGCAUACACACUUUCUCAGCUGUGUGCUUGUCCAGGCUGCGGGUGAAGACAGACAUCUCCGUUCUCUGUUUAUAGGAAGAGUUUAGGCUGGAAGAGUGAAAGCAGAUAAGCGGCUUUACUUUAGGAAAAUCUGCAGCCAACUAUUGACACCAGCAGUCUGGGAUUUGGAGGCCUGCAGCCUGCAAAGGAUCACUCAUCUCUGUUAAGAGCUUGUCUGCCAGCAGCGAGAUGAAAGGAUUUGCGACUGUUUGAGACACAACAAAGAUCUCCAAAACACUGACUUGCUUUUCAGUUGUUUGUCAACAAACGCAACCUAGGGAACAGAUAAUGCCAUAUUUAACGGUGCUGAUAGCACUACUGCUAGCUUCCCUCUCUGAGCCUCUUUCCCUAGAACAUCUCAGGCAUUUAGACUUGCAGAGGGACAUUCGGCCAGGUCAGCGAUGUCCAGCAAAGUGCCAACGCGAGCAGUGCCCGGAUCCCAGGCUGCUCCAGAGCUGCCAGUGGGGUCAGGUCCGGGACCUGUGUGGGUGUUGUUGGGAAUGUGGGAAUGGAGAGGGCCAGCUUUGUGACCCUGAACCCUGGACUGGGUCCACGUAUUUUGGUCAGUGUGCCAAGGGACUCCGUUGUAAAGCCACACGCAGGGACCCUGCAAUGAAGGCAGAACCUAAGCCUGUAUGUGUGUGCACCAAGCAGGAGAUUCUGUGCGGUACUGAUGGGAAGACAUAUGAGAAUAUUUGCGAGCUACGAGCAGUGCAGCACAGGCUGGGUGAGCAGAAAAAGGUAACAGUGGCACAUCAUGGACCCUGCAGAGCAAAGCCAGUCAUAACCUAUGCUCCGGGUGACAUCAUUGCUCUGGAAGGAAGCAACAUCCUUCUUUCCUGUGAGGUGUCAUCAUAUCCAGUGGCCUCCAUUCUGUGGAAGAAAGAAGGAGACAGUACUUUCCUUGUUUCAGAGAAUUCAAACAGAGCCAUACAGGCGAGUGGAGGCCCGAGGCAUUUUGAACUUACUGGCUGGCUUCAGCUCUACAAGGUUGGCCCUGAUACUGCCGGGGUGUACACAUGUGCUGCCAGGAACACCUUCGGUGAAACGUCUGCCUCCGUAAGAUUACGGGUUAUACACGGAGGGUCUCAGAAAGGCAGAGAGCUACCUGAAAGAAAAAAUGAAGCUCACAGCACAUCUAUCAAUGAAGCUGAGAGUGAAGAUGAUGAAGAUUUUGAGGGACAACCAAGUGGAUAUAUGUAUUUGUAAGAUAUAUUGAUUCCAUUUGUCAAAUUUCUAACUGCGUUCCUGGUCUGCAUAGCGUCAUUACUUCUGUAAAAUAGUUGAUGUCUUGUUUGAGUAUGUACCUGUUAUCUGAGCACUGUAA